GACGAAUGGGCCAGUGCGGAAGCGCGAGGUGGCUUAAGCCAGGAUAAGGACAGAUUUCCGGUUGCCCCAAAAAAACAAGGAGCCAACCUUCAAAAGGCUGAACUUGCUUCCGCUCCAACUUCCCUCUCCCGUUUCACCAACCACCUCACUCGACGACGCCGGAAUCCUCGAGUUCCUCUUCAUCUACUUCCUGACCAUUAGCCCGGUAGGAACGGUUCGAGGCGAGCGCGGCUUCAUUUCUUAACACCCUUCUCACCGCCUGCAAGCAGUAGCGCAAAGAGGGUUGUCGUUUGUUCUCUUCUUUUUUACCACACAGCUUUCGACAUGGAGAGUCGAUCGCGGAGCUGGGCCCUCGGCCUGAGCUUCAUUGGGUUCUUUGCCCUCCUCUUCUCUCUGGGCUUCGUCCAGCAAGUCAAGGCGGACGAUGUCUCUGAGUACGGCACCGUCAUUGGUAUUGAUCUGGGCACCACCUACUCCUGUGUUGGUGUGAUGCAAAAGGGCAAGGUCGAGAUUCUGGUCAACGAUCAAGGAAACCGUAUCACCCCCUCUUACGUCGCCUUCACCGAGGAUGAGAGACUCGUCGGUGACGCCGCCAAGAACCAGGCCGCGGCCAACCCGUUCAAGACCAUCUACGACAUCAAGCGUCUGAUCGGCCGCAAGUUCUCGGAGAAGGACGUGCAGACCGAUAUCAAGCACUUCCCCUACAAGGUUGUUUCCAAGGAUGAGAAGCCGGUUGUCAAGGUCGAGGUUGGCGGCUCUGAGAAGACCUUCACCCCCGAGGAGAUCUCCGCCAUGGUUCUCACCAAGAUGAAGGAGACCGCCGAGGCCUACCUUGGCAAGAAGGUCACCCACGCCGUCGUUACCGUCCCCGCCUACUUCAACGACAACCAGCGUCAGGCUACCAAGGAUGCCGGCAUGAUCGCUGGUCUCAACGUUCUCCGUAUCGUCAACGAGCCCACCGCCGCCGCUAUCGCUUACGGCCUGGACAAGACCCAGGGCGAGCGCCAGAUCAUCGUCUACGACCUUGGUGGUGGUACUUUCGAUGUCUCGCUCCUGUCCAUCGACCAGGGUGUGUUCGAGGUCCUGGCUACCGCCGGUGACACCCAUCUUGGUGGUGAGGAUUUCGACCAGCGUCUCAUCAGCCACUUCGCCAAGACCUUCAACAAGAAGAACAGCGUCGAUGUUACUUCUGACGCCAAGGCCAUGGGCAAGCUCAAGCGUGAGGCCGAGAAGGCGAAGCGCACUCUGUCGAGCCAGAUGUCCACUCGCAUCGAAAUCGAGGCCUUCUUCCAGGGCAAGGACUUCAGCGAGACCCUGACCCGCGCCAAGUUCGAGGAGAUCAACGGCGACCUCUUCCGCAAGACCCUGAAGCCUGUCGAGCAGGUUCUCAAGGAUGCUAAGGUCAGCAAGAGCGAAGUCGAUGAUAUCGUCCUCGUUGGUGGUUCCACCCGUAUCCCCAAGGUCCAGUCCCUCAUCGAGGAGUUCUUCGGCAAGCCGGCCAGCAAGGGUAUCAACCCCGACGAGGCUGUCGCUUUCGGUGCCGCCGUCCAGGCUGGUGUGCUUAGCGGCGAGGAGGGUACUGAGGAGAUCGUGCUCAUGGAUGUCAACCCGCUCACCCUCGGUAUCGAGACCACUGGCGGUGUCAUGACCAAGCUCAUCCCCCGCAACACCCCCAUCCCCACCCGCAAGAGCCAGAUCUUCUCGACCGCCGCCGACAACCAGCCCGUGGUCCUCAUCCAGGUCUACGAGGGUGAGCGUUCCAUGACCAAGGACAACAACAUCCUCGGCAAGUUCGAGCUCACCGGCAUCCCCCCCGCCCCCCGCGGCGUUCCCCAGAUCGAGGUCUCUUUCGAGCUCGAUGCCAACGGAAUCCUCAAGGUCUCCGCCCACGACAAGGGCACCGGCAAGGGCGAGUCCAUCACCAUCACCAACGACAAGGGCCGUCUCACCCAGGAGGAGAUCGACCGCAUGGUCGCCGAGGCUGAGAAGUAUGCCGAGGAGGACAAGGCUACCCGUGAGCGCAUUGAGGCUCGCAACGGCCUGGAGAACUAUGCCUUCAGCCUGAAGAACCAGGUCAACGACGAGGAGGGCAUGGGCAGCAAGGUCUCUGAGGAGGACAAGGAGACCAUCCUUGACGCCGUCAAGGAGGCCCAGGACUGGCUCGAGGAGAACGCCGCUACUGCCUCCGCUGAGGACUUUGAGGAGCAGAAGGAGAAGCUCAGCAACGUGGCGUACCCGAUCACGAGCAAGCUGUACUCUGGUGGCGAGGCUGGUGGCGAGGAGGACGAGCCCGAGUCGCAUGACGAGCUUUAAUUACCUCGAUCCUAUUAGUAUCAUAGAGAUUCCCCCCGUUUUUGUUUUGAUGGCAUAAAAAAUGAAGCCUGCCCAGGUUUGGGGCUGGGUUUACUUACCUUUUGGUCUUGGGACCCUUGCCGGUAUUGUGUUUGUGUUUGGUCAACGGCAAGAGGGGAUGCAUGUUGCAUGUCGGUGGUGAGAUGAUGACGAGUGUUGUAUGUUGCGAGGGCUUGUACAAGUAUCAGUUGAGUCGCUAGUUGUGACAAUGCAUAGAAACUUUGACGAUCAAUAACUAGCUGCUUCGUUGAGUGAUUAGCCAGCAAAAAGAAGGGAAUGGUUGUUAUCUGUUGUGCCACGGCAACCAAACAAACGGACUGCUGUUCCCUCCAGAGUGAGAACGCGUCAACUGCCAUC